AUGAAGACUCUGCUUAUAUUGUUGAUGAGUCUGCAUCCGGUCACGGGAAUGGGUCACUGGUGUGAACAUAAAGUGGAAGACAGACUGGAGAAGAUAAUCUCUCCUCGCCUACAACUUGAAGUGGCAUGCUCGGAGGUCUACCAGUUCAACACUCAAGGCUGGAGGCUAGAUGUAGACAGGAUGCGCCACACACACGGGGGUGAUGAUGGUAUUGCUCUGUAUUACAAGAGACAAGGACCCAAGGCUUCCUGCUUCUUAUUCAAACCGGCGAACAUCUUGACUGAACGACUGAACAGGACAAUAAGAGCCUGCUGCGAAGGCUGGUCUGGUCCACAGUGCUCACAGGGUGUGAGUAUACGUGGUCUGUGUUUCUCUACAUGGAGUUGUGAGGAAUUUCCUGGGGUUCAGAACUCCUCUCUGAUGCCUAUUGAGCAAUGCUGUGGCAGCCUGUGGGGUCUUAGCUGGAAAAAUGCCUCUGAUCAGACAUGCUUGUCCUGUUCAUACACCCUCUUGCCUGAUGCUCAGCCAUCACCUCUUUUCCCCAGGAGUCUUCUUGGAGGCAUUCAAAAUCCCAAGGCCUCUGCCACUUGCAUGAGCUGGGGUGGGGCGCAUUAUCGUUCCUUUGACAGGAAACACUUCCAUUUCCAUGGUGGGUGCACCUAUGUGCUGGCCUCAUCCACUGAUGGGACCUGGGCUGUCUACAUAAGCACUGUUUGUGAUGGUGGAGGACACUGCAGCAGGGCAUUAAGGAUGAUGUUGGGACUUGACCUUGUGUCUGUUCAUAAGGGCAACAUAUCACUCAACAGUGUCCUUUUACAGCACGGUGAACCUUUCUUUCAAAAUGGAGUGAGUAUUCACUGGCUAGGAGAUUUUGUGUUUGUUGAAAGCGGAUUGGGCAUCAGAGUGAAAUUCGACAUGGGGAACACUGUAUAUCUGACCGUUACUGCAGAGCACUUUGGUGCUACGAGGGGCCUCUGUGGAUUAUACAGCAAUAAUGCAGAUGAUGACUUCACCAGUAGGAGUGGAAGUGUAUCACAGUAUGCUGCCAGUUUUGGAAAUUCAUGGCGUGUCCCAAACCAAGACACAGAGGACUGUGGUGAUGCAGCCGAGUUGGGCCACAGCUGUGACAUUGUGGGUGACAUCAGCUUGCGUAGGGCGGCAGAACUGACAUGCCAUCAACUCAAGGACAGACCCUUCUCACAAUGCCAUCAUCGAGUGGAUCCAGGUCCCUAUAUAGAUACGUGUCUAUAUGUGUACUGCAGUUUAGGGGUUAAUGAGAGAGAGGCAGCAGUGUGUGAUACGCUUGCUAGCUAUGCCCGUGAGUGUGCCCAACAACACAUCAUUCUCAGCUGGAGAGGCCCUGGUCUCUGCGAGCGAGUGUGUCCUAGGGGUCAACUUUUCUCAGACUGCGUGUCUUCCUGUCCCCCCAGCUGCUCCUCACCUCUCCCGCCAGCAUCGGGCCAAUGUCGGGAGGAGUGUGUUGGGGGUUGUGAGUGUCCUCCUGGGCUCUAUUUGCAUGACGGUCAAUGCUUACGGCAGGAACACUGUCCCUGCUUCCAUAGGCGACGCUCAUACCAGGAAGGAGACACAAUUAAACACAAGUGCAACACCUGUGUGUGUCAGGCAGGCCAGUGGCAGUGUUCUACACAACGGUGUGCAGCUCAGUGCAGUAUUAUUGGGUCAAUGCAAAUCACUACUUUUGAUAAGAAGAGGUAUAACCUCCAGACUGGUGAUUGUCACCUCAUAGCCAUUGAGGACUUUGUGGAUAAGAAACUUGCAGUGACCAUCAGAGGGGGGGAAUGUGUAAAAGGAGGUGGAGUGCACUGCCCAUGGGAGACGACCAUCACUGCCCUCCAUACCACAGUCACACUCACUAACACUGGUUCUGUGAUGCUAAAUGGACAACCAGAGGCUUUGCCAGUCUUAACAGCUGAUCUGGCUGUGCGGAGGUCAUCUUCAAGCUUUCUUAUGAUUCACGUGUUUGGGGCUCAUCUGCUUUGGCACACCGAAGGCCCACUGAUCCUCAUCACUCUGCAGCCAGGCUUUGCUCAUAAAGUGAGAGGGCUGUGUGGAACACUGACUUGGAAUCAACAUGAUGACUUCACCACACCGGAAGGAGACAUUGAGAACAGUGUUGCAUCCUUUGUCACAAAGUUUAGCCUUGGAUCGUGCUAUUUGCCCUCAGCAGAGACUUCAGACCCAUGCAAUACCUACACUCAGCGCAGAGAAUAUGCAGAGGGCAUCUGUGCUAUUAUCCACAGUCCUGUGUUUCAGAGCUGCCAUGACGUGGUGGAGCGGGAGCCAUACAUGCGGCAGUGUCUGAGCGAGGUGUGUAGUUGCACCCCUCAGAUGCAGUGUCAUUGUACUGUUCUCACUGCCUACGCUCAACACUGUGCACAGGAGGGGGUGCCAGUGAAUUGGAGAAACCAGACUUUCUGUCCGAUGCAUUGCUCCGGGGGGCAGGUGUAUCACGAGUGUGGCCGACCAUGUGGAGGCUUAUGUACUGACCUGCAGCAGAACUGGAGCUGCCAAGGAGACGCAGGUGCUCGGAGCUGUGUACCAGGCUGCCAGUGUCCUGCAGGUCUGGCACAGGAUGAUCAGGGCCAGUGUGUGCCAGUCAGUAUGUGCCCAUGUGUUCAUGCCGGAGCUGUACAUACGCCAGGAAGUUCUGUACUGAUCAACUGCAAUACCUGUGUGUGUGGACAUGGAGUGUGGAACUGUACCAAUCAUGCCUGCCCUGAGGUCAGAGACUGUCCAGGUUCCCUUGUCUUCUCACCCCGAUCUUGUUUAAGGACCUGCUCUAGUCUGGAUAAAGGAUCCUGUGCAGAGCCCAUCUACGGCUGUGUCUGUCCUGAGGGAACAGUGCUGUUGGGUGAUCAGUGUGUGUCUCCUGAUGAAUGUCCAUGUCACCACAAUGGCAGGCUCUUCUUUACAAAUGAUACAAUUUCCAAAGACUGCAACACAUGCGUAUGUAAGCAGCGUCGAUGGCACUGCACCCAGUUAAUAUGUGCCGGAAUAUGUGUAGCCACAGGUGACCCACAUUAUGUGACCUUUGAUGGCCGCUGUUUCUCCUUCCUGGGAGACUGUGAGUACAUGCUGGUGCAGGAGAAUGAAGGGCUGUUCAGCGUGACUGCUGAGAAUGUACCUUGCGGUAGCACGGGGGUCACCUGCACCAAAUCUGUCACAAUGAGCAUUGGAAACACCGCCAUUCACUUGCUCAGGGGAAAGGCUGUAACAGUAAACGGCAUGCCUGUGACUCUUCCCAAGUCUUACUCAGGCAGUGGCUUAGUGCUGGAGAACAUCGGUCUGUUUGUGUCCCUCUCAUCACGACUUGGUAUUACGCUUCUUUGGGAUGGAGGAAUGCGUGUAUAUGUGCGGUUGGAACCCCACUUGCGAGGCCGGGUCGGGGGUUUGUGUGGGAACUUUGAUGGAGAUGCAGAGAAUGACUUUACCACAAGGCAAGGCAUAGUCGAGUCAACACCAGAGCUGUUUGGGAACUCAUGGAAGGUUAGCCCAUCCUGCCCUGAUGUUUCUGAGCAAGAUCUGCGUGACCCCUGCCAAAUUAAUCCUCACAGAGUGAAUUGGGCAAAGAAGAAAUGUGCAGUGAUUACCCAAGAGCUAUUUGCCCCAUGUCAUGCUGAAGUGCCACACCAACAGUACUAUGAUUGGUGUGUCUUUGAUGCCUGUGGCUGUGAUUCGGGAGGAGACUGUGAGUGUCUUUGCACAGCCAUUGCUGCCUAUGCUGAGGAGUGCAACCGUAGAGGAGUUUAUAUUCGCUGGAGAUCUCAAGGACUUUGUCCCAUGCAGUGUGAGGAUGGUUUGGUUUACGAAGCCUGUGGUUCUGCUUGUGUCGACGUCUGCCCUGGCAGUUCUCCUAGUCCUGACUCUCAUUGCAGCACAUUAUCCUGUGUAGAGGGCUGCUUUUGCCCCCAGGGCACUGUUCGCCAUGGCACCAGCUGUAUUCCUCCCUCCGAGUGUCCCUGUGAGUGGGAUGGCUCACUGUUUCCUCCUGGAGCUGUUGUUACUCAAUACUGUCAAAACUGCUCCUGUUCUAACAGCACCUGGCACUGCACUGGUCCUGCAUGCCCUCCCACUGUUCCCUGUCUGGCUUCAGAGUUCCAGUGUAGCGGUGGCUCUCAUCGCUGUAUUCCUUCUCUCUGGCUCUGUGAUAACGAGGAUGACUGUGGAGAUGGGUCAGAUGAGCUCUGUCCCACGACUUGUCCUCCUGAGCAGUUUCGUUGCUCUGGUGGAGCCUGUUUACCCCUUGAGCUGCGCUGUAAUGGCCAUCCUGACUGCGCUGAUCAGUCUGAUGAGGAGUUCUGCGCUCCGGUUACAGCAGUCCCAGGGUGUGUGUCUGGGGAGUUCCGGUGUUCUAACGGACGCUGUCUGCCUGCCACUAAAGUGUGUGAUGGGAGGCUGGACUGUGGGUUUGCUGACGACUCAGAUGAGCGAGCCUGCGGAGUAGUGUGUGCUGAACAUGAGUUCCGUUGUUCAGCCGGACGCUGCAUUCUCUAUCUGCAUCGCUGUGAUGGUCAUGAUGACUGUGGAGACUUUAGCGAUGAGCGUGGGUGUGCCUGUUCUCCGGGAGAGUUCCAAUGCCCUGGUGAUCAGUGUUUCCCUGCAGAGAGAGUGUGUGAUGGCCAUAAAGACUGUCCAUCUGGGAUUGAUGAAGUUAUCUGUCCUGUAAAAGACUGUAAUCAGUACGAGUUCGGCUGUGCAAACGGUCAGUGUGUGCCACUGGCAUGGCGCUGUGAUGGUGAAACAGACUGUCUGGAUGGAAGCGAUGAAAAGCAGUGUGCUCGUGUUUGUGGACCUGACCAGGUCUCCUGUCAGAGUGGAGACCAGUGUGUCCAGCACGUACAUCUCUGUGAUGGGACGCCGCACUGCCGUGACGCCUCUGAUGAAAGUGUUGACAAUUGUGGGUCCACACGAAUCCCACCCUGUCCUGGCAGCUUCUCGUGUGAUAACAGAACGUGUGUGAACACAUCACGUGUGUGUAAUGGUAUUCCCGACUGUCCCAGAGGAGAGGACGAACAGCUGUGUGAAAAGCCCAGUAUAACUCCGCUGCCCCCUGGUGACAAGAACAUUACUCACACCUGCGCUGAGUUCUCCUGCUUGGACGGAACCUGUGUCCCUUUCAAAUCAGUAUGUAACGGAGUGGCAGACUGUCCUGAUGAUGGAAGCCCCUCGGAUGAACAAGACUGUCGGAGUUGGGGGCAGUGGGGACCCUGGAGUCCCUGCAGCCACACCUGCGGCUCUGGCGUUAUGAGCAGAUACAGACGGUGUCCUGAGGGGGACACACUAACACGCUGCAUUGGGGAUGAUACACAGAGACAGCAAUGCUACUCCACAGCUUGUCCUGUUGAUGGACACUGGUCAGCGUGGACGACAUGGUCUAACUGCUCUAAAGGUUGUGGGGGAGUGGAGAUCCGCAAAAGAGUGUGUGUUCCACCGCAGAACGGAGGCCGAGCAUGCACCGAACUGCCAGGCGACACAACCCUGAGCACCGAGAUCAAGCCGUGUCCUCAGGACGCCUGCGCUAAUGUUUCCUGUCCCGCUGGUCUGGUUUCACACACCUGCACUCCUUGUCCUUUGACUUGUGCUCAUAUAUCAAGUGAUACUUCCUGUGAUGCCAGUGCUGAGUGUUUCACAGGGUGCUGGUGCCCAGAGGGGAAAGUGAUGAAUCACAUGCAGCAGUGUGUCCUCCCAGAAGAGUGUGUGUGUGAGGUGUCAGGGGUACGGUACUGGCCUGGGCAGCAGGUCAAGAUGGGCUGUGAGAUUUGUAGGUGUGAGAGAGGAAGACCACAGCAUUGUCAAGCCAACCCAGAAUGUUCAGUUCACUGUGGUUGGUCGUCCUGGUCCCCAUGGGGUGAGUGUUUGGGUCCAUGUGGGGUACAAAGUGUCCAGUGGUCUUUUCGCAGCCCAAACAAUCCCACCAAACAUGGCAACGGAAGACAGUGCCGUGGUAUUUACCGGAAAGCCAGGCGCUGUCAGACAGAGCCGUGUGAAGAGUGUGAAUAUCAAGGACACACCUAUGCAGUGGGUGAUCGCUGGAAAGGAAGUAAUUGUCAGCUUUGCCACUGUUUACCCAACCUUAAAGUACAGUGUGCACCUUUCUGCCUGUACACUACGACUGGAUGCCCGCAGGGUCAGACUCUGAUACCAGGUGAUGAGAAUAGAUGUUGCUAUUGCAAGGACAAAGAGCAGAAAGUCAGUACCAUCACGACAACCCCGGCAGCUCUGCCAAUCACUGUCGAGCCCUCCAUGGCACCCGGGGUCACACCAUUUGUGCCGACGUUUCCUCUGCCACCUGGAGACGAGUGCUGGUCUCCACUGGGAGUGCAAUCUCUACCCCGCUCCAGUUUCACUGCCUCGUCACAGCAGCCUGGUCAUCCAGCCUCCGCAGGGCGCCUAGACUACCAUGACCCUCACAGUGACCUGCAGGGCUGGAGCCCUGAACCCGAGGAGUACAGAGAGCUCCCUCCAUCUUCCCCCCAUGGCCAUACACAGCACAGCCAGGCUCCUUACCUUCAGAUCGACCUGCUCAGACCAUACAACAUCACAGGAUUGCUCACCCAAGGAGGUGGACAGUUUGACACGUUUGUGUCCAGUUUCUAUCUGCAGUUCAGCAAUAAUGGCACUCAGUGGUUUACCUACAAAGAGCUCAUUACAGACGCUCGCCCUAAAGCCAAGGUGUUCCUGGGAAACCAUGAUGAUCGAGGUGUAAUGCAAAACAAACUGGACAGGAUGGUGUUAGCUCGGUUCGUGCGGGUGCUGCCUCACGACUUCCAGAAUGGCAUCUACCUGCGAGUAGAGUUGAUGGGGUGUGGAGAUGGUGUGUACAGCACUCCUACCCCGAGCUCUAAAGGCUGUCGAAGAGAUCAGUUCUCAUGCCCUCCUCCAGGGGGCUGUAUUGAGGCUGCACAGCACUGUGAUGGGUUUCCUCAGUGUCCAGAUGGAGCUGAUGAGAGAGGCUGUGAAACGAAUCGCACCCACGUCACACCCACCGCUGUUCCACUUAGAACACCCAGUAUGGCUGCUGUCACGUCAACAAGUACACCAACUCCCACUACUACGCCUCAUGGAAAACCUGGCUCUUUGGGUAACUGCUCUUCUCCUCUGGGACUGGAGGAUGGCCGUGUGCAUUAUGGUCAGCUGACCGCCUCAUCAUUCAGAGAGAACAACCCAGCUGACACGGGCCGCCUCAACAUCGUCCCUAAUGUUUUAGUGAUGGAACCAGGCUGGAGCCCUUUACCAGGAGACCCCCACCCCUAUUUCCAAGUGGAUUUUCUAGAGCCGACCUGGAUAUCUGGCAUAAUCACCCAGGGCAGUGAGCGCAUGUGGGGCUAUCUCUCCAAGUACCGUUUGGCAUUUGCUCUAUCAGACAACCACUUCACAGACUUUACUGAGAGUGAAGACAACAGCUCAGCCCCAAAGAUCUUUGAGGUGCGGAUGGUAGGCAGGACACCAGUCACACGCUGGCUCGGCAGAUUGGUGAGGGCUCGUUACUUGCGUAUCAUACCAGUGCAGUAUCGCCACACCUUCUACCUCCGAGUGGAGAUCCUGGGAUGCAGAGGAGGCACUGCUCCUACCCCAGGAUUACCAGGUUUAUGGAAUCACACUGUAACACCAGGAAGUCCUGGGUACCAAACCUACACUACUGGAUCUCCUGGAGUGUACACCAAAACUCCACAAGAUGGUCGUCCAGGUGUGGCAAGUGUUUCACCCAUUGUUACAGGGGGACCUGGUAUUGGCCCUGAGGGACCGACUGGACAUCCAGGAUUGUGGAACAUAACGACACCUCAUGACGGUGGUUUACCCAGAGUGCUGUGUGUAGAGGGCCAGUUUUCCUGCAAAAGCUUUGGCUGUGUGGAUGCAACUCUUGUGUGUAAUGGAAGAGAGGAUUGUCCAGAUGGCUCAGAUGAACAUAAUUGUGGUUUCUCCACACUCACCCCACUAACACCUACACGUCGCCCCCUGGUGCCAAGUCUCUGUUCUACCAAACAGUUUACUUGUAGCAGUGGGGAAUGUGUGCAUCUGGACAAGAAGUGUGACCUCCACAAAGACUGUGCUGAUGGCUCAGAUGAGAGAAACUGUGUGGACUGUGUGAUGUCUGCUUGGACAGCGUGGAGUCAGUGCAGCGCGUCAUGUGGUCUGGGUUCUUUGUUCCGCCAGCGUAAGAUCCUAAGGGAUGCUCGACCCGGGGGCUCCUGUGGGGGCGCACAGUUUGACAGCAGAGCCUGCUUCCUUCAGGCCUGUCCUGUGGAUGGACAGUGGGCUGAAUGGAGUGAAUGGUCAGAGUGUGAUGCAGAAUGUGGUGGUGGCCUGAGACUAAGGAACAGAUCUUGCUCAAACCCUCCACCCAAAAACCGUGGGAAAGAGUGUGAGGGGAUGACUAUGCAGACUCAGAGCUGCAACACCCACCAAUGCGGAACCGGCACAGACUCCCAUAAAGGUUGCACUAACGGCAUGGUGCUAGUAACAGAAGCAGACUGUGCGGCAGGCAGAGUGGAGCCGUGCCCUUUGACCUGCUCUGAUCUCAGUUCUGAGAGUAACUGCUCCUCUCACUGUAUAACAGGGUGUCGUUGUCCAGUUGGUUUGUUUCUUCAGGAUGGUCGAUGUGUCAAUGUGAGCAAAUGUGUGUGUGUAUGGAAGGGGUCAAUGCUUCAACCAGGGGAUGAGGUCAUCUUAGACAACUGUACAUUUUGUAUGUGUCAAGAUGGUUACGUCUCCUGUGACAACUCCAGCUGUAUUCCCAAAUGUGACUGGUCAAUCUGGUCCGCAUGGACCUCAUGCGACAGCAGCUGUGGAAUCGGCAUCCAGCAACGGUUUAGGUCGGUUUUGAGUCCUUCUGAAGCUGUGAACGUAGAGCCGUGUGUUGGAGACUCAACAGAAGCACGGCAAUGCUACACACCCUGCCCACCAGGGGCUCCAUGGAGUGAGUGGUCUUCAUGGUCUGAGUGCAGUAAGACAUGUUUCUUUCACGUGGAUGCUGUGGGAAUGAGACGCCGCUUUAGGAGCUGUAACCACACUGACUCUGCCUCCUGCUUUGGAAACGGGGAAGAACAUGAGCCCUGUAAUACAUUACAUUGUCCAGUACAUGGUGGUUGGUCAGCAUGGUCUGCUUGGUCUGAGUGCUCAUCUGAGUGUGAUUCUGGGGUUCAAACUCGAGAACGUUUCUGUAGUUCUCCUCCCCCUCUGUACGGAGGCAGCAGCUGCGUGGGACCUCAUAUACAGACCCGAGACUGCAACUCCCAGCCCUGCACAGAUAUGUGUCCGAUUGGUAUGAACUACUUGACUAAAGAGCAGUGCCAGGCGCAGGGAGGAGCAUGUCCACGUGUGUGCCUUGAUGCUAUGACUUCAGUGCAGUGUGCCACAGAGUGCUAUGAUGGCUGUUACUGCUCUCCAGGCCAUUACCUGUUCAACAAUUCCUGUGUGCUUCUCAGCCACUGUCCUUGCUACCACCAGGGGGUGCUCUAUACACAGGGUGACAGUGUGCCACAUGAUGCCUGCAACAACUGUACUUGUAUUAAUGGAGCAAUGCGGUGUGGUAAAGCUCCCUGCCCUGUUGAUUGUGGUUGGAGUGAGUGGACAUCCUGGAGCUCAUGCAGCAGGACAUGUGAUGUUGGCAUCAGGAGGCGGUACCGCUCAGCCACUAAUCCUCCAUCAGCAUUUGGAGGCCUUCCUUGUAUUGGCGACCGUGUUGAGCUGGACACGUGUAGCAUCACCCCUUGUAGUGGAGUGAAAGGCCCAUGGAGCGCUUGGUCCGAGUGCUCGGUGCCAUGCGGUGGUGGAUACAAGAGCAGAACCCGAGGGCCAAUCAGAUCUCACGGCACACAACAGCAGUUUAGCGCCUGCAAUCUGCACCGCUGCAGUAAUGGCACUGGCUGUGCCGGCGAGCAGGAGUGGACAGCGUGUAUGAGAGAGGGACUGCUCUGUUCUGAUCUGGGUAUGAACACUGAAUUGAACUCCACCUGUUCUCCAGGAUGUCAGUGCCCACAGGGUUCUGCGUUACAGGAUGGGAGGUGUGUGCCUUUGCAUCUGUGUCGCUGUGACGUAGACGGUGAACAAUCUGAGCCUGGAGCUGUGGUUAAUAAGGAUUGCAACACCUGUACUUGUGAAUCAGGAAGACUGAUAAACUGCACACAAGUAGAGUGCAAUGUGGAUGGUGGAUGGUCAGUCUGGACUCCUUGGAGUGCGUGUUCAGUGUCCUGUGGUGCUGGCCUACAGUCACGCUAUCGUUUUUGCUCCAAUCCCGAGCGGGCUGGUGCUGGACUGCCCUGCCUAGGCCCAGACCGCCAGGAUAAAGCAUGUGUCCAGACUCCAUGCAGCCGUGAUGGAGGAUGGAGUGAGUGGACAUCCUGGACAGAGUGUACAAAGACAUGUGGUGGGGGUGUGCGCAGCCGCCGGCGUGAAUGUGACAGCCCAGCCACUGAGGGAGAUGGAGACUUCUGCGAGGGCCUAAAAACCGAGAUUGUAGCCUGUAACACAGACCACUGUCCAGUGACGCAGUGCUCAGAUGUUUCAGGCACUGUGUUUAGUAGCUGUGGACCAUCAUGUCCUCGCACAUGUGAUGAACUGACUCACUGUGAGUGGCGUUGUGAGCCUGGCUGCUACUGCGUCGAUGAGAAAGUGUUAAAUGUAAACGGUACGGCGUGCGUAGAGAGAGAGCAGUGUCCCUGUCUGGACCUGACCACCGGACAGCGAAUCGCUCCUGGAGAGACAGUCCUUACUCCUGAUGGCUGCAACAACUGUACAUGUGAUGGAGGACAGCUCAAAUGUGGCAACAACCCAUGUCCAGUGAAUGGAGGCUGGUGUGAGUGGUCCAGUUGGACGCCAUGCUCCAAGACCUGUGGUGCUGAGUGGGUCUCUCGCUACAGGAGCUGUGCCUGUCCUGUGCCCACAGCAGGAGGGGCAGCAUGUCCAGGUCAACAAGAGGAGCACCAGGGGCUUGGAGUGCAAAUAGAAAGACAACCCUGUUCAUCAGUCACCUUUUGCCCAGUCCAUGGUUCAUGGGGAUUGUGGAGUGAAUGGUCAGAAUGCGAUGCAUGUGCGGGUGCGUCUGUCAGGAAGCGAGAGUGUAACAGCCCCCCUGCUAGAUUUGGAGGUCUGCCAUGCCACGGGGAGUCCCUCCAGAGUCGAGGCUGUCAGGACAACCAAACCGUCUGCUCAGACUGUGGAGGCGGACAGGAGGAGUGGCCAUGUGGGAAGCCGUGUCCUCGUUCAUGUGAGGAUCUCCAUGGUGACACUGAAUGUAUAGACACAUCAGCAUGCAGUCCAACCUGUGGUUGCCCAGGUGACAUGGUUCUGCAGGAUGGCGUGUGUGUGGAGAGAGUGGAGUGUCGGUGUAAAUUCCACAACAGCACUACUGAUUUAAAUAUCACAAACACAGCAUGGGAGUGGCCAGGCAGGACUAACUGGCAAUAUGCAAACUCAGGAGAGAGCAUCAUCACAGAGUGCAGCAACUGCACGUGUGAAGCUGGUGUAUUGCACUGUGACUCGCUCCCUGGUUGUGUUGUUGAUGGUGGGUGGAGUCAGUGGGGGCCAUGGUCUGAGUGUUCAGCUCCGUGUGGGGGUGGAGUCAAGCUGCGGCUUCGACAGUGUAAUAACCCGGCUCCUCAGGGAGGAGGGAGAGAAUGUAGUGGUGGUGCUGACCAACAGAAGGAGUGUAACAGUCAUGCCUGCACAGACUCUGGGAUGUGGUACGACUGGUCGGCAUGGUCCAUGUGCUCUGUCUCCUGUGGAGGAGGGGAACAGAGACGAACCCGUUCUUGCCGCACUCCUCCAUGCACCGGUAUGACACGUCAGAGCAAGACCUGCAACACACAAGUGUGCCUGGAGGUGGGCUGCCCUCCAGGACGUCUGUACCGGGAGUGUGAAAGAGGAGAAGUCUGUCCAUUCAGCUGUGCUCAGCUCAGUGGGAUUGAAGGCUGUUACUCCGAGGGUUGUGAAGAGGGAUGUCACUGUCCACCCAACACCUACCAGCACCACGGAGCCUGCCUACAGGAGUGUCCAUGCCUGGUCGACAGUGAGCUCUUGGCCUCACUACAGAAAGUGUCUGUGACCCCAGAUGUAACCCCAGAUCUCUAUAACAUUACCGUGGGAACAGAUGUCAAGUCCGGAGAAGAGCUGAUGCAUGAGUGUAGCUCCUGUCUGUGUGAGCAUGGCCUCUGGAACUGCUCUCUCGUGCCUUGUUCUCGCGAUGGUGGUCUGAGUCCUUGGGGUCCCUGGAGUCCCUGUUCAAUCAGCUGUGGGGGUCUGGGACAGAAAGUGCGCAAUAGAACCUGCACUAACCCAAGCCCUGCUUAUGGAGGUCAAGACUGUGUUGGAGCCCUGCAGGAAACAGCGUACUGCCAGACUCCAGACUGCCCAGUAGAUGUGCUUCCUACAGUCGAGGCUCCUCUAUCAGAUGAGGACUUGGGGUUCUCCAUGUGGACAACAUGGAGUUCCUGUUCUAAAUCCUGCAAUGAACCAGGCGGGCAUCCUGCUCUCAAGUUUCGUCAGAGAGAGUGUAUUAGUGCACUAUGCACAGGACAAAGCAGACAGCAGAAAGUCUGCAACCUUCCUCAGUGUCCUGAUGGUGGAGUGUGUGUGGAUGAGGCGUGUGCCCACAGAAACUGCUCCUGGACAGAGUGGGGAGAGUGGAGUAUGUGUUCACGCUCCUGUGGCGUUGGUCAGCAGCAGCGCUUCCGCAGCUUCAUCGCCCCGGGGAUAAAUGGAACCUGGUGUCCAGACAUCACCGAGGGCAAUGUGGAGAACCGCUUCUGCAACAUCCGCGCCUGCCGUGUGGAUGGGAGCUGGUCUCGCUGGAGUCCAUGGUCACAUUGUGACAAGUCGUGUGGGGGUGGUCGCUCCAUUCGCACUCGUUCCUGCUCCAGCCCUCCACCCAAAAACGGGGGGCUGAAAUGUCUUGGAGAGAAGAACCAGGUCAAACCCUGCAACACCAAACCAUGUGAUGAACGUGGAUGCCCGCUAGGUCAGGAGUUUGUGCCCUGUGCCAAUGAGUGCCCUCAGCGUUGCUCCGAUCUACAGCAAGAUAUUCAGUGCCAGGACAAUGCUGAAUGCCAGCCAGGCUGCCGCUGCCCUCAGGGUGAGCUGCAGCAGGAUGGUGUGUGUGUAAAGCUGUGGCAGUGUGACUGCAUAGAUGCACUCGGGCAAAGCUGGGCUGCGGGCAGCCAACACCAAGUCGACUGUAACAACUGCAGCUGCGUUGACGGAGUGCUCUCCUGCACCAACCUCACCUGUGCAGGAAAAAGCAGCUGCUCCUGGAGCUCAUGGUCAAACUGGGCCUCGUGCAGUGUUACCUGUGGAGAAGGACAGAGAACACGCUUCAGGUCACUGAUUCCCGAGACGCCAGAUGCCGACUGUCAGUUUGAGGAAGUUCAACACAAGCCGUGCGACCCAGGUCCCUGCCCACCACUGUGUCUCCAUGACAACCAGUCGCUGUCUGUUGGUGACACCUGGUUAGAAGGGGAAUGUAAACAAUGCACAUGUAUUCCUGAAGGAGAAUACUGCCAAGAUAUUUACUGUCGAGUGGAUGGAGGCUGGACUCCAUGGUCUGCCUGGUCUCACUGUUCUGUAACAUGUGGUGAAGGAAAUCAGAUUCGCACACGGGCUUGUGUCAACCCUCCACCACGGAACAAUGGCACACACUGUCCUGGGGCAGAGAGAGAGACACAGCACUGUCACAGUGCUCCUUGCCUCGAUGACCUCUGUCCAUGGUCCAGCUGGUCUGCAUGCUCACGGAGCUGCGGUGCGGGAGUGGUGUCCAGGCAUAGGCACUGUUUGUGUGAAGAAGCAGGUGAUCAUGCCUGUCCCAUUUCCAUAGAGAGAGAGAGGCAGAAAGAGGAGACUCGUCUGUGCUAUAAGCAGCCAUGCCCAGAAUGUCCCAUGUCAGAGUGGAGUGAGUGGUCAUUGUGUUCCUGUGUAUCUCAGAGGCAGCAGCGCUAUCGUGUGCCACUGUUGUUGGCCACAAGGGUGCAGCAUUGCCCAGAGAUUGAGAAACAGAGCAGAGCCUGCAAACCUCAAGAAUGCCUGGAAUGUGUGGAACCAUUCCAGCCAGACUGUGGUUCCCCAUGUGAGAAGCAGUGUGCAUUGCAAGGGCAGGUGGACGAAUGCGUGGGCCAGUCGGGAUGUACAGACGGCUGUUACUGCCCUCAGGGUUUACUGCAACAGAAUGGGACGUGUGUGCCUGCAGAUCAGUGUGGCUGUGUUCAUCUCAUCCAGCAGGACACAGGAUUACUUGUCCCUGUCACUGUCCCACAGGGUGGGGUGCUCAAUAUAGGCUGCAGCACAUGUUUAUGCCAUAAUGGGUCUUUGCAGUGUGAUUCUAGAGAAUGUGAAGUGUCACUCAGUGAGUGGUCAGAAUGGACCCCCUGCUCUCCAUGUGUUCCUGCCUCCUCUCUCCUCCAUUCCGAUGGCGGAGGUGUCAGUAAAGGUGUAAGGAUGCCUGAAACAGCACUGGUGUCAGUGCAGAGGCGCUACCGAGCAUGUCUGGAUGUGGACACUGGAUUACCGGUCAGUGAGAGAGAGGGGGAGUGCUCCAAACCCCUGGAGGAGGAGAGGAUCUGCCCCCAUCCUGGUGUCUGCAAAGACCCAUGUCAGUGGAGUGUGUGGGGGCCGUGGGGUGUUUGUCAGGAGCCAUGUAGUGGAGGAUUCCGCCAGCGUGAGCGAACAGCCCUGGCACCAACCCUUGGGCCGCAAUGUACAAGACGGCAGAGCCAGACACAGAGCUGCAACACCGGCCUCUGUCCAAGUGAGCGCUGUGAAGACAGGGGGCGGGUCUACGAGGCUUCCUGUGCCAAUCAGUGUCCUCGCAGCUGUGCUGACCUGUGGGACCAUGUGCAGUGUCUGCAAGGAGGGUGUCACCAAGGUUGUAGGUGUCCUGAUGGUUUGUUGCUGCAGGAUAGAGAGUGUGUAAAAGUGUCAGCAUGUCGCUGUGGGCUUCCUACAGAGAACGGCACGCUUGAGUUUACACCUGGACAGAAUGUCACAGUCGAGUGCAACACCUGUGUGUGUGUGAAUGGGUCACUUGUGUGCACGACCCGGCCCUGCCCCACAUAUGGGACGUGGAAUUCCUGGAGUGAGUGCUCAGUGUCAUGCGGGACAGGACAAAGGACACGAACACGUUCUUGCACACCGACACCUGGUGGCCCUAGCUGUGGGGAGACCAUUCAGAGCCAAAACUGUACUCUGCCAGCAUGUCCAGCUGACUGUGUGUUGAGUGAAUGGUCCUCCUGGAGCGAGUGCAGUGCCUCCUGUGGUGGAGGACUAUCAAUGCGCAGAAAGACUAUUCUACAGAAGUCUGAGCCUGGAGGAGCGGCCUGCUCGACUCCUACUGAGCAGCACACCGCCUGCAACACCAACAGCUGCCUGCCUGAGUGCCCUUCGGGGCAGGUGUUCAGUCUAUGUGCAGGUUCGUGCCCGUUUUCUUGCCAGGAUCUGUGGCCUGAGAGUCAGUGUGUGCCCGGACCCUGCAACCCAGGUUGCUCCUGUCCCCCUGCCAUGGUUAUGCUUAAUGGAUCAUGCAUGCCCUACUCCGAGUGCCCUUGCUCCCCACUGUCUCUGCCACUGGGGUUGGCCAAUGUCACACAGGACCCCCUGCAGGAAGAGUUUCCUCCCGGAACCAUUAUACCACAUCUCUGCAAUGCCUGUGUAUGUGAAAAUGGGGUAUUCAACUGUACGGAGGCGUCAUGUGAUGUGGAUUGUGAAUGGAGCAGCUGGUCCGAGUGGAGUCCGUGUUCAGUGUCGUGUGGCUCUGGAGUGCAGAGCUCUAGACGCUCCGUAAUGCAGCCCAGGCAGUAUGGAGGACGUGAGUGUGAAGGCCCCAGUUACAGGAGCAGAUUGUGUACAAGACCUGACUGUGCAUGUCCAGAGGGAGAGCGUUGGAGGCAGAGCAUGUCUGAGUCAGAGCGCGUGUGUGACAGAGGAUGUGUGGACAUGUACAGCGCCGAACCGUUGAACUGCACUGCAGCGCGCAGGCUCUCCGAGGGCUGCGUGUGUGAGGACGGCCGGUAUCGUGAUGCAGACAGCCGGUGUGUGAUUCCUGCUCUCUGUCAGUGCGAGGGAGACGACGGCAUACUGCGAGAGCCUGGCUCUGAGUGGGAAGAAGCGUGCCAAACUUGUCGCUGUGUAAAUGGCCUAAAGCAGUGUAAAACCAGCUGCCCACCACUUCUGUGUGACGAGAGUGAAGUCAAAGUGCUGGAGGACGGACAGUGUUGCCCUGUCUGCAGGAAAGUGUACACAGAAGAUCCGCACUCACAAUGUCAACGCUACACUGAGAUCAGGAACAUCACCAAGGGCGAUUGCCACCUAGACAAUGUGGAGGUUAGCUUCUGCAGGGGGCGCUGUUUGUCCGGAACCGAUGUCAUACUAGAGGAGCCCUAUCUACAGGCUGUGUGUGACUGCUGCAGUUAUAGACUGGACCCCCAGACUCCUGUUCGUUUCCUCAGCCUGCUCUGUUCUAGUGGAGAGAGUGAGCCCGUGGUGCUGCCUGUCAUCCAGAGUUGCGAGUGUACCAGCUGUCAGGGAGGAGAUCUGGCCAAGCGUUAAACACUUUUGGAGGAGCUGACAGCUUGGGGAAAAGUAAAAUCUUUUGAACACCUCCAGUAUAUUUUAAGUAGCUUGUAGUCAUUAUAUGACUGAAUACUUUUUAUAGAGUACUUUCUGAAGCUUUCAGACAACUGUACAGGUUUUAAAUUAUGGCUUUUUCUUAAAUUGUUUUAUGUCUUUUAGUUAGACACACACACACUACAUUACAUACACAUUACAUGUAUAUGAUUU